GUAUAUCCGCAUUUGUAGAAGUUUGGUCAUCUAACAGAACAGAAAAUUACUCGAAAACCUUUGAACAGCAACUUCUUGAUAUGGGAGCAAAAGUUUCAAAAACUUUGAACAAGCACGUGACCCAUGUAGUCUUCAAAGACGGACGUUUGGCUACGUGGAGAAAAGCACAGAAGAUGGGUGUAAAAAUAGUUUCUGUACUCUGGGUGGAGAAGUGUCGAGAAACUGGAGUACAUGUUGACGAAUCCUUAUUUCCUGCAGUAGACACUAAUGAAGGAUUACCACCACUGAUCAAAAAACACAAAUGUAUGCGGCCAAAAGACUUUGUUGAAAAAACUCCAGAAAAUGAUAGAAAGCUGCAGAGAAGACUGGACCAGAUGGCUAAAGAAUUAGCUGUACAAAAGAUAGCAAUUAAUGCUGAAACUGAUGUACCAGUUUUACUAUUUGAAGACAAUGGUUCGCUUGUAUACAGCCCUGUUAAUAAGAUAAAAGAUCAAUGCAGUGCAAUGGAAAGAAGAAUAAAGGAGAUGAAGGAAAAAAGAGAAAAUCUUUCUCCUACUGCGUCGCAAAUGUCUCAAAUACCUCCAAGUAGUUCACUAGGAGACUGCCCGCUGUCUACUUGUGUCUUAACUAAUUCAGAAGACUCAUUGUUACCAGGAGAACAAAUGGAAGACUGCUUGAACUCAAGUUAUGAUUAUCUUUGGGGAACUGAUAAAUUAAAGAGACAGACAACAGAGGUAGUAAAACACGCCUGUGAUACUUGGACUGAUAUUCAUGUAUCCAUGAGUGCAUCUGUGAAUUGUCCCUCACAUAGCUAUGAGCAGAAGAGCUUAACACCAAAACAAGAUAGCAGAAGAAGCUUAAGAAAGGAACAUCAUGUCACUGAUGGCUCUUGCAAAGUUUUUAAUGAACAAAAGAAUAAGCAUAAUGCGGGGUUAAGAAAAACUAGAAGACUCCAAAAGCCAACAAGGACACUGGUUAUGACGAGUAUGUCUUCUGAGAAACAAAAUACAGUAAUUCAGGUGGUGAAUAAACUUGGAGACUUUUUGUUCUCAGAUGAUGUAUGUGAAACAACAAGUCAUGUAGUUACAGGGAGUCCUCGUCGUACCUUGAAUGUUAUGCUGGGAAUUGCUCGUGGGUGUUGGAUUGUUUCUUAUGAGUGG